AUGGCCCAAGAUGCGCGGGACUCGAGUCUCACCUCCCCAGCAACCCGCACAGGCAACUUUCUCGAACCAGACACUCGCAGCGCAGGACGCCCGCGCAGCAUUACAAUUGCUUCUACAGCGAGUCGCGCGCUGUCUGCGCGGCCGUCUAUAUUUACGGAGGAAUCUACUUUGAACAAGAACUGGACAUUCCACCCCAUACGCACCUUACCAGCCUGGGUUAGGUCAGUCGAUGCUCCUGAUGAUGAUGACGAGCAGCAAGAUGCUGCCGCCAGCUUGCUCCCCUCGAGAAUCGACGAUGCGGUAGUCGCACAGCACAACCACACUCCCUACGACAAGUCCAACCCCGGAAAAGAUACAGCAGGAUUCGACAUAGGCAAGCCAGACCCGAACACAGGACUGCGCGAGUCCCGAUGGACACGAUUCACGCGCUCCGUCGCAUAUCCGCACGUGGACACGGACGUAGAAGAGAAGCGCGUGUCGUUUGAAUGGCUGAAUAAUAACAUGGGAGACUACUCGCAGCCUUGGGGUGUCAGCAGCUCUGGAUCUGAAGCAGAGCAUGGUCGAUCGACGUGGAGGGCGCGACGACGGACCUGGAUUGAGCGGUUGCAGAUCCAUCUACUGCGCAGCCCCGUUGUGCCGCUGAUAUUGCGGCUCACUGUGUGGAUUUUCUCACUGUGUGCUCUAGCUCUUGGAGGAGCUAUUAAUCAUCUAGGGCAUCGCGACCGUCAAGUCCAGGGACCUUCGGCCGAUAUGGCUAUUACCGUGGAUGCUGUGGCUUUGGUUUACUUGGUCUAUAUUACAUAUGACGAGUAUGCGGGCAAACCCCUUGGCCUGCGCUCUCCCAAGGCCAAAAUGAGACUGAUCCUGCUGGAUUUGUUUUUUAUUGUUUUCGAUGCAGCGAACCUGAGUCUCGCCUUUGCAGGAUUGAGUGACAUCCGGGGCCCAUGCACCGACGCCAUCGUCAACGACAAACAAGACGAGAAGAACGACGCUAUCUGCCAGCGGCAGGCAGCGUUGGCCUCGGUUUUGCUAGUUGCGCUGAUAGCGUGGUUAUUGACCUUUUGUAUCAGUGUGUUUCGGCUGGUGGAGAGGGUUUCGAAAUGA